UUUAUGUACACACGGUCGAGUAUUUGUUUUGAUUCGGGGAAUCUCGUGAAAUUUCAUUAAAUUGCUAUCUAAAUGCAUCAGCAACAUGCCAAACAGCUCGAAAAAGUCGGACACAAGCGUUUUGAAGACGCCCAGUAGAGCGACGCCAGUGAACAGCAGCAAUGGCAGCGUAUGUUCAACACCUACAUCGACGGUUCGCAGACAAGCGCGCAAAAAGCGUAAAAAUGCAAAUGAUUCAGGGGGACAGGGGGCGAAGCGCAGACGCAGCAUGGACGCGCAGCUGGGCGAGUGCAACAUGGAUGAUGUCCUAGAGAUUGAUCGUCGUCUGCGCAAGGUGGCCAAAGAUAAUUCUAUAAGUAAAGAGGAUAUGAAAAAAGUUGUGGGUCGAGUGGUGCGCAAUGAUCAUGUCCUGGCGCUGGUUACGCUCAAGGCAGAGGAUGAGCUGGCACGUGAGAAACGCGAGCGCGAGGAAGAACAGGAAGAGAAGCAGGAACAACGUGGUGCUAUUAUUAUUACUGAAACACCUUCGGUGGCCAAGUUGACGCGUGCUAAGGCGCGAGAAUUGAAUUGUACGCCGGGUAUAACUCUGCCGCCGCUCAACAAUACGCCGGUAGACAAUGAAGUGCAGGUGCUUAUAAACCAGGAGCUGCACUCUGAUGAAGAUGACGAGGAGUAUGCUUUUAAAGAGGAAGAUUUUCACUCUGACGAUGAUCAAAAUACAACCGCCUCUGACUUUGAUUCUAAUCCUUGCACGCCUCAAACGCCGAUGACUGCCAAUGAAGAGUCGCCGAUAAAGCUAAGUGAAGACGGUUGCUUCAAAGUUCCACUGGACAAGCGCUGCGCGACCGACGACCCACGCAUAGCGACGCGCACACGAUCUAAGCUGUGCCUGCAACAGACUACCAUAGAGGAUCUGCAGUCUGAGUUUGUGCCACCCGACGUGGAGGGCGACAUGCUAGAGUACGACAUGACAGCCAAUGAUGCGGACUGGAUGCAGUUUCUCAAUGACUUUUCAAAGCCGCUAAACAACAGUUUUAUUGGCGAUGAUGAUGAUCCCAUUAAUGAUCCGGAGUAUGUGGCAGCUGAUAUGGUGCCUGUGGAUAAGGAGGAGUUGCGUGAUGUCAACAUAUCCAAGAAGGAGCUAACCGAUUUGGUCUCGGAACUCUUUGCAGGCCUGCUGCAGGAAGGUGUCUCACUAGAUUCCAUAGAAUUGGAAACACCGGAUAAAUUUUUUAACACAAGCGAGACGGCGCCUGUUAAUCCCAUUGAUCAAGUAACGCGCCAAAUAGAUUUUGACGCACAACCCAAUAUAAAUAUGACUGCGGAUGAGUCCUUGAUGACGGAAGUAGAGGUGAAAAUAUUUGAACCCCACGUCAUGUCCACGCCCAGCAUAAUGACAGAGCAAUUCGAUACUUCCCAAUCCUUGGUGCAGCCGCUGAAUUACAGCCAUGAGCAAACAACACAGAUUCUAGAGCCCUUUGACACCAACUUUACCUGCAAAUAUUUAUCCAUACGCAAGCUUUACUACUCCGAGUAUGAGCAGCAGUUUGAACAACUGCGUCAUGUGCCUCCAGCGCCCUUGCCUAAAUUCAGCAAUCAAAUGGGCUUCACUACAGCACAACAUGAUCUACUGCAGCAACAGCUACGAUUGCAUACACAGCUGCUUGCCCAAACCUUUGUGCAGACCUAUUCGCAUCCCUUGCUCUACGGCAUGGCAGAGAAACCCAAAGAAAUGCUGCUGGAGUUGCAGCAGCGUGCGCAAAAGGAUGUUAGCUACAAUUGUUGGAAUCUGAAGCCAGCAGUUGAGCUCAUAACCAACUGGGAGCAGGAAUUAAGCAGCGAUGAAUAUGAGGCGGACAACAAAAAGAUGAUGCAGUUUAUCAACAAAGAAACGGAACUAACCGAUGGAAACACACGUCAAGUGGCACGUCUGCCGCCACGCAUUAUGAACCUCAUGCUGGACAGUCGUGUCUUCAUGUAUCCACAGUAUUUGCCACGCAUGGCGUUUCAGCCUAGAACACCCUACUUUACUGCCUAUGCGCCUUCGGAGUAUCAGCUCAUAGCCAUGGGCUUGGAAAAGCAUCUAACUGCCAUAAGACUCAGCAAAAAGCCACUGCGCAAAAAGGUAGAUCCUUUACGCGUAGCCUGCAAUCGCAUGGCCAAGGAUCUGCUGCACGGCAAGCUGAGUAGACGUCUUUUUAGCAAAGUGCAGGAGCUGCGCGAGAGUCCGCAAUAUAAUCCAGUCAAGUAUUAUUUCGACCAUCAGCGCGCCCCGCCCAUAAACCAAAUACUACUGGGCUUUGAGCAGGGGAUUGUGUGCACCCCCAGAGAGCAAUAUGAGCUGCUGCCCAGCGCCUGGAAAUAUUAUAUAGAGAAAAACUGGACCAACGAUAAGCGUGCGCGUCGCAGUAAGAAACAAUUGGAAGCCUCAGCACAGGCGAAAACGUCCUACUUGGAAUUUGUGCGCGAAGCUGUUGGCGAGGAUUUGUUGCUGCCCGACAGUCUAGGUGAGGCUGCAGCACCCUAUGGCAGUGCCACAGACUCUCAGGAUACAUACACAAAUGCAGCAGGGACAGCAAAGAAGGAUACGGUCAAGCAACAGAAGAAGAAGACACAACGUCGCAAAACAGUCAAUAAAUCAACAUCGCUGACCAUUAAUGUAAACUACGUCUUUAGUGGCGAUAUUUCGGGGACCAAGCUAGGCACUGGGGUUACUGUGCCGCUGCAGGACGAGCCUUUUGGCGAGGUAGUGGCAAACAUCAAUCGCACGCUCAACAGAAGCAGCGAGUGUAGUUUAUUAGCACUGCCAGCACCGCUGCCGCCACUGGCUGAUGAUGCACCGUCGCCUAUUAAUCUAAGCUUUGAUCCUGUAUCACAAACAGUGCAGCUCGCAGAGCUGCCAGCUUCUGUUGAGCAGAAGCAAUCGAAACCACAUGCUAAACGGCAUUCACCCAUUGGCAGCGCCAAACGUGCGCGUUUUAGUAUAUUCAAGCGUCAGUUCACACCCAGACGUCAGCAGAGCAGCUCAGUUGCCGAUCUGUCGCAUCGCAGUCGCUAUCACUUGUUGCGUCAACGUCUACGGCAGAAACUGCAGCGACGCUGUCAAACGCUGCUUAGCGCCUACGCCAGCUACCUGCAACAGCAACAACAGCGUUACGCCCACUUGCCUGAAGUACAGUAUUACUACAGACGCUUUAUAGCGCUUGAUCUAUACACACAGCUGCUGUGCGAGCUGAGAAUGUUUUGCGAGCAGCAGCAGCCACAACAGCAACAGGAGAGCAGCAAUGUGCCUACGGAGCAACCACAACAGAAGCGUCAACGUAGCGAAGAUGCAGCUCGCAAUCGUGCCAACAGGCAGGAGGAAAUGCUGCGGCAUAUGUUGCUGCCAGACGCAGCAGAGGAACGCAAUCGCAAGGAUGCCACAUUUGCGCUUAACUUCUAUGAUAAAGUGGAGGAGGCCUUGCUUGAUGCUAAUCGCCUAGAGGAUUGUCAAAAGUUUAAUCAACUGCUGAAGAACUUUGAUCCCAAGCAUGACAAAGUGUCGGAUUUAUAUUUAAAUGUAGAAAAACUGUUGCUGCCUGAGCAUCCUGAGCUGGCAGAGGUUUUUCUCAACUUUCUGCUACCUGCUGAGGCUUCUGAGCUGGGCAAAUAUUUUGAGUACUUCAUGAUAACGAAUGCCAGCAAUUUCAUCAACAAGUUGAAUAUAUAUUUUUGCAAGCAACCUGCGCAAAUACGCAAGAUCUAUGCAUGUCUUAAUGAGUUGGCCGAGCUGCCCAGCGUUAGCAUGAAGAAAGUGGAGGCUAGAAUCUUGCCGCUGCUCAAAGGCAAUCAGUUUCUGAGCGACUGGUUUGUGCAGCAAUUUCCACAAGCUAAGCCGCCCAAGCGCAUCUUACCUGCAGCAGAGACAAUUAAUCUGCAUGAGGUGCUCAACAAUACGAGCGGCGAAUUUGCAGAAACUUUGCAUGAUUUGCCAGCUGAAGCUGCUACAGAGCCUAAACCAGCGGGCUGUCAUCUUAAAUAUCUGAAUGGACGCAUAUUCUAUGGCUCCAAAAUAAUGCUGCCUGCUAAGUUAUCCUUUCGAGCAGCCAGCAUUUAUAAUGAGCAGUUGCCAGAGCCGCUCGAUGAUAAUUUGCGAUGCGUGCAUGGAGUGCGCACGCAAGGCGAGAAGCUUAUGAAUGCUGCUGCAGCUGCGGAUAGCGAUGAUGCUGCUGAGCGCAGCGAGGAAGAUGAUCCAAGUCGCGCUCUAAUUAUAGACACGACCACAGCGGAUGAGGAAAACAGCAGCUCCUCCAUAGACAUGUGCGAUGAUGUGACGCUGCGUGCGCAUGCUAUGCGCUUGAACGCCAGCUACUAUAGCAAUAGCUUCAAUGGUUUAGCCAGCAGCACACCCACUGUAUCCCAUAACGCACAGCAUCAUCCGCAUGCCAAGAAAACGUCCAUUAACUUUGGAGAAGUGUCGCCUCGCAAGCAGUCCACAGCGCUGAAUAGUUCACCACAGCUGGGACUAAGUCCGCUGCCAGGUUUGAACAUGUCGCCGCCACAGGAUAAACGUAAAUCACCAAGCAAAAAGUUACGCUCGCCUGUUAACCAAGCACAGGCGCGUCCACGUUACAAUAUGCAGCCCAUGGUGGUUAUACAUGAGCCGCCAGUGCGUGCGCCCAGCGCUAGUUCGCCAGCAAUUGAAUGUGCCAAGCGCUUGCGCACGCUAAUUGAUCAGCCGGACAACAGUCCGCCAGAGGAGCUGGACAACAAAGCAACCAUACGCAUUAUAGCGCGUGCCAAGCAGCUGUCCAAACAAGCAGCGCCGUCUGAAAUCUGCUUGGACUUAACAUCUGAGGACGUAAGUCUGUCGCAGCAAAGCUUUCCCGCCAUCAAAAUGGACAGCGAGCCGUCUGAGGAUGAAGUGGAGCUGGUGCAAGCGACUGCUGGCAGUAAAACUCCACAGCAUGUUAUAACCACACAAUAUGACAGUGAUGAGGAUUGCAAGCUGGAUGUGGUGGCCACGCUGGCCAACAAUGCGCCACUUACAGAUGCAACAGCAACAACAUCAGCGGCAGCCAAUGCAGCCAGCGAUGGCAAAGCCUGGACACGCGAUGAGGACAAAGUAAUACUUAUUGAAAUGAAAAUGGGUGCACGCGAUCGUGAGCAUCUGAUCAAGCGCAUGGGCGCCAAGCUCAAGAAUCGCAAUGAGGAUGAGCUGCGUGCACGCCACAAGUUUCUCAUGGAUUUUCUCUCGAAGCUGCAAGGCAAAUAGUUUAAGAAGUUUAUAUUGAAAACUGAUUCAAGUUAACUGAACAAAUGAAUUUUAUGCUUGAAUUGUAUUUUAGUUUUUAGUUUCAAUUACCUUAAUUAAUGUAGUGCCCUAAGCUUAGUACACUUUUGUUGCAAGUUUUGAUUAAUG